AGGCUUCCAGAUGCGCUUGCCGAUAUAGGCUAACAGAUUAUCAUUGAAUCAUCGGUGCCUUGCCCAAUCGUCUCUCUUUCUCUGCCGUGGAGCCAUGGAUCCUCCCUCUUCUGCCGCCCGUCGAGCUUCUGUUAUCGCUGGCCACCUCCUCGGCCCCUAUCAAUCUAUCGCCAACUUCUCCUCUUCCCCGGUCACACCUUCCCCGUGCCUCAACUACUCCCCACCCGACCUCUCCGAGAAGCCGCCGGCUUUCGACGUCGCAGCGCUGCGUCGGAUCCUGGAUGGCCACCACCACGAGGCACGGGACUGGCUGUUCCAUCUGAUGGAGGAAAGCCCUCUCUUUUGCCCCCGCCGCCGCGGCGAGUUCACCUUCGUCGCGCCGGAUUACAACCAGACCAAGGAGCAGCAGCGCGCGGCCACGAUGCGGCGGAUCGAGUACCUGCUCGGCCAAGGAGUGUUCCAAGGGUGGUUCACGGGGAGCGAUCCGGAAGCAGGCAUGAGGAAGUUAGCGUUGUUCGAGUGCAUCGCCGUCUUCGAUCAUUCCCUCUCCAUAAAAUUAGGUGUCCAUUACUUUCUAUGGGGAGGCGCGAUCAAUUUUUUGGGCACAAAGCGUCAUCAUGACAAAUGGCUGAAUGCUUCUGAGAAUUUUCAGGUUAAGGGAUGCUUUGCAAUGACUGAGUUGGGACAUGGAAGUAAUGUUAGAGGAAUUGAAACGAUAGCCACUUAUGAUAUUGAUUCGGGCGAGUUUGUGAUAAACACACCUUGCGAGUCAGCUCAAAAGUAUUGGAUAGGAGGAGCUGCUAAUCAUUCGACGCACACAAUAAUCUUCUCUCAACUCCUUAUAAACGGAACCAACCAAGGGGUCCAUGCAUUUAUUGCACAAAUUCGUGAUAAUGAAGGAAACAUUUGCCCCAAUGUUCGUAUUGCUGAUUGUGGUCACAAAAUUGGGUUAAAUGGCGUUGACAAUGGCCGCAUCUGGUUUGAUAAUAUUAGAAUCCCUCGAGAGAAUUUGCUUAACUCAGUUGCUGAUGUAUUGCCUGAUGGGCGAUAUGUUAGCUCCAUAAAAGACCCAGAUCAGAGGUUUGCAGCUUUUUUGGCCCCACUAACAUCGGGCCGUGUGAAUAUCGCAGCAACUGCAGUUUAUAUAUCAAAGGUUGGUUUAGCUAUUGCUGUGAGAUAUGCUUUGACAAGGAGAGUUUUCUCCAUAACAGCUGAUGGCCCCGAAGUCUUGUUGCUGGACUAUCCUGCUCAUCAACGACGACUCUUGCCACUUGUUGCGAAAACCUGUGCGAUGAGUUCUGCAGCCAAUUUCUUAAAAAGACUAUACGUCAAUAGGACACCAGAGAGUAAUAAAAGUGUUCACAUUUAUUCUAGUGCUCUCAAAGCUACACUCACAUGGAAUAACAUGAGAGUACUUCAGGAGUGCCGCGAAGCCUGUGGCGGCCAAGGUUUGAAAACAGAAAACCGCAUUGGUAUUCUGAAAGCUGAAUUUGAUGUCCAGAGCACCUUUGAGGGAGAUAAUAAUGUACUAAUGCAACAGGUUAGCAAGGCACUCCUUGCAGAAUAUAUAGCAGCAAAAAAGAGGAAGCACCCAUUCAGAGGACUGGGGCUGGAACACAUGAAUGAUCCUUGCCCCGUCAUUGAAGCUAAUCCUACAAGCUCUACUCUAAGAAGCACCGAGUUCCAGCUCAAUAUCAUUUGCUUGAGGGAGAGAGAUUUGCUUACGCGCUAUGCUAGUGAAGUGUCUCGAUUUCAAGCUGAUGGUGAAAGCAAAGUGAAUGCAGCUCUUCUGAGCUAUCAACUUGCUGAUGAAUUGGCAAGGGCCUUUUCUGAGCGCACAAUAUUGCAAAUAUUUAUAAAGGAAGAAACGACUCAAUCUCCUGGGCGGUUAAAGGAUGUAUUAGGAUUGUUGAGGUCCAUGUAUGCUCUCACAUGCGUCGAAGAAGAUGCUUCGUUUCUCCGUUACGGAUACUUGUCACGCGAUGGUGCUGCUGCUGCGAGAAGGGAAGUUUCAAAGCUUUGUGGUGAUUUAAGGCCUCAUGCGCUUUCUCUCGUCAACUCCUUUGGGAUCCCUGAUUCUUUCUUGAGCCCAAUUGCCUUCGACUGGAUUGAAGCAAAUUCUUGGUCUACUGUUAAUGAUGAGUAGAUUGCUUUCACGAAUGAAAUGAGAAUAAUUAGCUGCAGCUUCAGCAGCUGCCAUAUGGUCUUGGUAUGCACCAUGGAAACUUGGGGAUGGAUUGUGAAGGACGUUUGAGAUGAACGUAAUCAUCUUUCUUUUUUACUAUAAUGGUAUGCACUAUGAAACAAUGAUCAAUUAUUGUACACUUGCCAGGUAUGGUAUUCCAGAAUAAUAUGAAUAAAAUUUUAGUUGUUAA